GGCGGGACCGGGGCGGUUCGGGUUCGUCUCCCAAAGCAUUGCGCGCGCCGACACGCAGGCUGGAGGAAGAAUGUGCGCGUGACGGUUGUUUCCGUUCCGCUGUCCUACACACUCGGCCCUGCUGUUCGCGACUGCGCGUGGCUCGUGGCGGCUGCAGCGCGGCAAACGCGGUCUCGCGGCGACAGCGAACGGCUAGUGACGCUCCCGAUGCGAGAGGCGCGGAGCGAGCUGAGGAAGCGCGCGCGGCUGGUGUGCGAUGCUGCGCGUUGCUUCCCGUGAAGAGAUGCAAUGACUGCAGACGCUAGGAAGAGGAAGCGACCAAGCUGUGUCUUUGCUUCAGUUGACUUCAGAAACGGCAACCCCUGGGACUGUGUGCACGACCUGUGCUUCUGCUGACAUCUGCUCUUUAAUACUUAAAAAACCUGUGAACACCUUGGUCCAUCUUUCUUCAUCAGUCUCCUCCGUGCUGAACAACAUGCACAUUCAGCACUGUUUUGGCGUCAGCCUGCUCCUCUUGGGCCACCUGAACCUCUGCCUGUGUAACCUCACACCCCGGGUCUCCUUCCCUUUUGAAAGCCCUGGUAGGUCUGUUGUCCAGUUCACGAACCCUGAUAUUGGGAACACCACCACCUUGUUGCUAAGCGAUGAUGAAGCAACUCUGUUUGUGGGUGCACGGGAUGCUGUCCUUUUGCUGGAUGUCAGCCAGCCAGGGGUCAUGGAAAUGAAGGACAAGUUGGACUGGUCACCUUCUUCAACAGACCUUGAUGAUUGUUCCAUGAAGGGCAAAAAGAAGGUGGACUGCCACAACUUCAUCCGCGUUUUGCAUUUCCUGAACAGCACUCACAUGUAUGCCUGUGGCACACAUGCCUUUAGCCCCCGCUGCUCCUAUAUCGAUCUAAAGAGGUUCUCUUUCGUGACCAACCCUAGCGGCAAGCCCCAUGAAGGCCGGGGCCGCUGCCCCUACGACCCCUACCAGAGGAAUACAGCAGUCGUUGUCGAUGGGGAGCUGUACACAGGCACAGUAGCUGACUACAGGGGCAACCGGCCGGUCAUCUCCCGGCACCUCAGCCAAGGGCUUCACACAGACCUGAAGUUGGACGACACUCUGGGCUGGCUGGAAGAUCCCACCUUUGUCAGCUCAACCUUCUUACCAAGCAAAGAAAAGGUCUACUUCUUCUUCAGCGAGGUGGGCAGAGAGUACGACUUCAUCGACAAACUCGUCGUCUCCCGCGUGGCGCAGGUCUGCACGAAUGAUGUUGGUGGACAGCGUACCCUGCAGAGGCGUUGGACCACUUUUGUGAAGGCACAGCUCCUUUGCCACAACGAGAACGAGCUACCGUACAAUGUCAUUCAGGACAUCGUCGCUCUCCUGCCCACAGAAGGCGGCGCUGAAGAUGAAACCCUUUUCUAUGGCAUCUUCAGCUCCCAGUGGUCUGUCAACUCGGGGAAGUCGGCGGUGUGCAGAUUCCAGCUCAGAGACAUCAAGGCCGUGUUUGCAGGAAAUUACAAGGUCUUGAACAGAGACACACUGCGAUGGAGCACCAGGGUUCAAGAAAAAUUUGCCAGUCCAGGGCAGUGCGGGCUGCAUAACGCCUCCGAUAGCACACUGAGGUUUGUGAAGGACAACUUCCUGGCCGACCAGAGUGUGCAACCGGUGGGACGCAUCUUGUCCCUGGUGUCCCCAGACCACGGCUACACCAACAUUGCAGCACAGAGGGUCCAUGCAGCCGGGGGCAGGAACUAUACCGUGCUGUUCUUACUCACUGAGUCUGGAUUUCUUCACAAAACUGUGCUGUUGGAUAAGGGCCCUCACAUCAUCGAGGAGGUUCAGGUCUUCAGAAACCCACAGCGGGUUAAGAAUAUUUUCCUCUCCAUCACUAAGGGUGUGGUGUUUGUGGGCUCCUCUGAUGGUGUGACCCAGGUACCCAUAUCCAACUGUUCAUUCUACCAGAGCUGCGCCGAGUGUGUGCUGGCUCGUGACCCCUUGUGCGGCUGGGAUCAUUGCAGCCGGACUUGUGUUCUCGUGUCCAGUGGCCCUGAAAACUUAGUCCAGGAUGUGGAGAGCGGCAAUGCCGAAGGCAUCUGCAGAAGUCCUACUGUAUCCCCGAGAUCCAGGUCUGGUGUGCAAAGACCCCCCUCAGUCUCCUGUCCUCCAAGUGAGCAUGUGUACGUGUCACUGAACGAGGUUGUGAAGCUGCAGUGUCCGGAAGUCUCCCGGCUCGCUGUCCGUCACUGGGAACGGCCCAAUAGUCUCCUCUCCCCAAAUCUCUACAUUCAGCAGACUGAUGGCAGCCUCUACUUCCUGGCAGCGCCGCCCACGCUGGGUCACUACAGUUGUUUCUCUGUGGAGAAUGGAUACCGACAGUGCCUGGCUGACUUCUUAGUGAGACAGCAGGCAAGUGCAACCUCCCGCGCUGUCAUCCCUACCUCCACACAGAACAGGUCAACCACGACUCAAGUGGCGCUAAACAAAGUGACCCCAACCAGUCAAGGGACGCAGCCCGUGAGGGUGAGGACUAUAACUACAGAGGUUGGACAUGGUGCCAGAGGGCCAGAACUUACCACUGUUCAGGAAGUUAUACAAGUUUCCACAACAGGGAGCAGAGACAGACACAGUGGACAGGACGACAGGAACCUGUCCUCUUUCAGGCAGCCCAGGCUGACAGAGACUGCUUCCAUUGACGGAGAGCUGCUGUCAGUGACCAAUGGCAAGACCUAUUACUGGGAGCUGGUGGCAGUUACUGUCAUGCUGGUGAUGUCACUGUGUGUGCUGCUCAUGGGUGCCCUCUAUGCUCUGCGCCCCCAUUGCCGCCACAGGAUGGCGCCACAGGUCUGCCCUGGGACGGACUCAAAUGUGGGCGGUGACCAGGAGCGAGACCCCCUCAGCCAGCCCACUGUCAGCGUGAUGAAACCCAGUAAGCAGGGAAUGGAAAAGCCCAUGGCAGUGAGCAGCAGCAUGCCAAGGGGCUCCAAUGGGCACCUGCCGAACACCCCGAUAUAACCCAAGUGUGCCCGUAACCCCUGCUGUACCACUGAGUAAACUCACUGUGUGGAAUGGACCUUGUGGACCUGCCGGCGAUUAGAACUCAGGGGUCAUGCAUCGACUUCCUGGUCCACUGUACUUUUGACCUUGCUUGGAGGUGGUGAGCAUGUGUUUUGUGCUCUUGUUUGGACACGGGGGCUAGUGAUUGCGUAUGACAUCACUGGCCUCCUGCUGAAGAAGUCCAUGCUUCCAUUAAGGUCAAAGGUAGCAAAAAAGACAAGCAUAGCCUUUUUACUUUCUUUUGCACUGUUAAAUCACAAGACUCUAUGCCACAGAGGACAGUUUUUUCCAUUAGAUUUGAUAUUUUUUAUUUGCAAUUAUAAAUAAUUUUUUUGUUUAUCAAGUUAUUGUUAAUGUUUUUAAUUAUUUAAUUAUGAAAAAUCCCUUUUUUAUAUGUAUUACAACAAAAAACAAGCUGUCAUCACUUGAGAUUGAGUUGAUGGAUUUUUCCCCCAGUGCAUUGUGAACACAUCCUGAAUCAUCUUAAAUCCAAUGCACAUGCUGCAAGAUUGCCAAAUUCACAUUUUGUGUCUAUUUAUAUAGAUAGAAUGGUACUAUGUGCAAUUCACUCAGCCCACAGAUGUAUGGCAUGCGUUGAAACCUUUGGUUCAGCGUAGUCCAUAGCUGAAUGAGAUUAAAGUGAGAUGGUUGUUUUGGACCAAAAUCAAUCUCUGAAAAUGUCGGUACGUGUUUCGUCCUUGUUGGUACAUGUCUCUCUAACUGCUUUUUCUAAGAAUCUUAUUUUUUUACAAUGUGUAUUUGACUUAAGUAAACUUAAUAAAAAUUUUUUCAAACAGCCAAAAAGCUCUGUUUUCAUUGU